AUUACUGUAGUGGAGUUAAAUGGUAAAAGGAGAAGCGCCACCCGCCGCUGCACAGCAGCCUUGCCCUGGUCUGUGCCCGGGCUGGCGACGGAACCUCGCCAUCAAUUCAAGAUGGCGGCCCGUGCAUAAGGUCCAUCUGCCGAAGCGGCGCUGAUACGGAGGCGGCCGUGACCUGACGCCGGCAUAUAAUCUGCUGCGCGACCUGUGUACAAUUGAACCUCAGUCUACGUGGAUCACUCGGUGGUCGCUGAAACCUCAGCAAAGAGAAUCGGAGAGAAGAGAGAGGCCGUGAGCCGUAUCACCUACUCGUCAGUUCGCUAUCAGGGCACAGGAAGUCCCGCCCUCAGCUCUGGCGUGCCCAUCUGAUUGGUGGCGCGGCUUGCCUCUGUCUACAGCUGUCGAUUCCGAUUGGCCACGGUCGGUGCCAUUCAGCCGGGCGGCUCUGGGCCAGUGUUGUUUAGCUGUCGGCUCGGAAUGGAAGAUCAACAGGAUGAGAAGCUUUCUCAGUUGGUAGAGGAUCUCACCACCUCGGGACAGCAAGUGCUAGAUCCAGAAAAGAUGAGGCAACUGAAGAAAAUCUGCAAGUCAUCUGAGGAGUAUGUCAAGCAUGCAUACCACUUAAUUAUGAGACAACUAAAUCAAGAGCAUGCAGAGAUCCGUCUAUCUGCUUUCCAAAUAGCAAAUGAACUCUUUGUGCGUUCAAAUCAGUUUCGGUUGCUGCUUGUUUCGAACUUCCAGGAAUUCUUGGAACUAACAGUAGAAACUAAUUUUGAACAACCUCUGCCUCCACCAAAAGAAACAGCUCAGAAAUUGAAGAAAAUGGCAAUUAAAUCUGUUCAGGAGUGGCAGGACAAAUAUGGAAAUGCUUACAAAAAACUCUCACUGGGUUAUCACUUCCUGAAGCAGAUUAAGAAGGUAGAUUUCCAAGGUAUCCGUGCCAGAACUCAAGCCGAGAGAAGACGCGAGGAAGAGAGAUUGAAAAGACUGGAGAAUAUUAAUAACGUGAGAGUGAAGAGAGCGGAAGAAGAAAUGAAAGAUAUGUCAGAAGAAAUUCAGAACACUUUGACAGAACUGGAGGAGUGCUUCAAAUUACUGCUGCCCAAUCUUUCUGAGUUCACACUUCAUGAUAUAGGGUCUCAGAGCAAACAAUUGCCUGAUAGAACAGAUAAUGGCAGCUCUGCAACCAGCAGGCAGAGAGAUGACCACCAAUCCUAUCACUGUGAUGAUGAGCAGCCUUGCAGCAGUAAGGACCUUGCCCCACUGCCUCAUAUGAACAGUCUCCCUGAAGAACAGGAAUCGGAUGAAGAGCUAGAUGACUUUAGUCAAAAUGAAGAAGGUGAAAGUGAACAACUUGAAGACAAUGAAGAAUCAUUUAUCAGAAAUCAUGGGCUUCUUUCACAUAAAUAUUCUCUUGACUUGGAAAUUCAUACAGAUUUAAAGAUCAAAGAGGAUGAAGAAAAUAGUGCUGUAAUUAACAAUAUAAAGGAUUUCCAAAGAUUAAUCACUAAUAAAUAUCUGCCGACUGUACAGUACUGGAUCCAGGCAUUCACCAAAGCUGGUAUUAACGAUGACCGAUUAAGACGUGCCAUUGACCUAAAAAAUGCAAUAGGUGGAGUACUGAAAAAACAUGAUGAGAUGAACAUUAGUUACAAGGAGAGACAGAGAAAAGUGAUGAAAGCAACCGAUGAGGAUGAUGACGACGAUGAUGAUUUUGUUGAAGUUCCUGAGAAGGAAGGUUAUGAGCCACACAUUCAGGAGCACCUUCAAGAGGAGUAUGGACUGGAGCCACUGAUACAGAAGACCAAGGAAGCAGUGAAAAAUGUAACACCAUCUGCUGGACCCCCAGCAUUGCGGAGGAGUGAUGAGGAACUUGAUCCAACGUGUGCUGCAGCAACAUUAAAAAUCUGGAAACAACAGCUGUCCUCGCGGAUGUAUAGCCUUCCUGGAACCUCGGAGGACAAUGUUCGGGCAUCCACAUCAGCAGGACCUGAACUAUCCAGUGAAGAUGCCAAGAAAAGAAAAAGGGAAGAAGAGAUGAAAAUAGCCCCUGUUAUGCCCUUUGGGUUAGACCUUCACUACUGGGGAGAACAACAGACAACAACUGGCAAAAUCCUCAAGGUUGACACUCCGCAUCGAUUCUUGGAGUCCAAAGAUGUGGAAGGUGAGCAUGAGAAUGAGGAGAUGACAGCCUUGCUGAAAACCAGAUACAUAACCUUCGCAGGAAAGUUUGAACCUGUAACCCACAAAUGCCGAGCACCAUUGCCCAACGGAAGGCUUUGUGAACGCCAGGAUCGAUUCAAGUGCCCUUUCCAUGGAAAGAUAAUCUCAAGAGAUGAGCAAGGAAAUCCUGUAAAUCCAGAAGAUAUUCAAAGGCUGGAGCAAGAAGAACAGAGAAAGCAAAAGGAAAAAGCUGACUGGCGGGAUCCAGAACUGAUGCGUGAGAUUGAAGCUGCCACAGGAGCAAAUCUUGGCUCUUCAAGAUGUAACCAAAAAGGAAAAGGGAAAAAAGGAAAGAAGAAAAAGUAUCCAAAUCUCACUGAUCUAAAACAGGAGAAUAAUACAGCUCGAUCAAGGCUGGAGAAACGAGUGUUCAACAAUGCUUCCUUGAAACGAGUCUCCAAAGCAAUGGCUUCUCUAGACAAAAGGAAACAUGAAAAGUUUGCAAACCAGUUCAACUAUGCAUUGAAUUAAGGCCAACAAAGACUGGAAAAUGGUCUCUUUAUUAAGUGACCAUGUUAAGUCUCAACCUUUUAAGUCUUUUGUAACAGAAAUUUCAGACCACUAAUACAGCUGUUUUUCUACAGAUUGCAGAAUUUAAAAAUGACCAAUGUACAUAAUUUAUUGUAAAAUAUUUAAUUUUUUUACAUUGUGCCACACUUGUAUAAAAUAUAAGUAUUUAAUGUAUGUUGUUAUUUUAAUAGACGGUAAUUGUAAUUGAUGAUGUGAUGCACGGAAUUCCGGGGACUUCAGAUUUAUUCAUGUAAUGUUUUAUUGAGCAGUUUACUGAAGAAAGUAAACUGAUUCAUUAAUCUUCCCAGCAAUUCAAAUCAAUUUAAACUUUACUAUGACCUGCAUUGCUUUUCGUCGUAUUUGAAUGCUUUCAUCAGUUAAUGGUUUUAAAUGUUAAGAAAGGAUUUAGCAAGUGAUAUUUCCUUACUCUCUAUGAUGCAGUCUUUCCCAGCUCAGCAGAUGAAGAAUGAUCUAAUUGUUUCCCUGAUUUUAAUUAGAUUAGAGCAGGUAGCUUUUAAUGGGGAACAAAUGUGAAGCACUGUGGCAGAGAGUUAGAAAACAGGGGUUGGGGAAUUAUGGGUUGAAGGUAGGGAGAGGGGAGGAUGAGAUGGGGAUGGAGGGGUUAAGGGGUGAAAGGAAGUGGAGCUCAAUUGCACCAUGAUGCUGAAAAAAUAAGAGAUGGCCCAGAUUUUAAAGAGAGACAGAUUACCAAAAGACUCAUAAUUAAAAUGUAAAGACAUGUCAGACCAGUAUUAUACCAUGUAACAAACUGAUAUUUAAGAUAAAAGUGUAGUAACAAUUUUGAAUGAAGGAAGACUGGAGAGGAGACCAGGGUGUUGUGUAACUCACAGAUCCAGGUGCCAAAAGAGAAGAUCAAGAAAUAGUUUAUAAAAUAAAAUUACCAGAUUCUUAGUAUUGGUUGUAUUUAACAGACAGUGUAAAAUAAUUUGAAAUAAAAGGCAGAAUAGAUUAAAAAAUAAAAAUAUCAGUAUGUUUUGAAUAGAUAGUGAAUGUUUGAUGCUAUAUGAGAAAUUGAAUAGAAAGAUACGGAGAUCAAAUGGAUACUUGCCAUAUAAACACAGAGUUUGAAAGCAAAUAUAAGGACCUUGUUAAACAAAGUUGUGUGAUUUUUUUUCAUGAGUUUAUUUUGGAGGCAUUCUUAUUUAAAGUUUGUAUAAGUAAUAUAUAUUGAGGACUUAAAGGAAUACUGGAGUUAUUUUUCCACUUCAGUGCUCCCACUUUUGAGUUCUGCCCACUGGGAACAUAAAUCCUUUGCUGAGAAUGUCCAGUGUCCCAGUAUGUGUUCUGGCUGGUACAAAAGUACUGAUGAAAAAGAAGACAUUGCUAAUGCUGGUGACAGCAAAAAGACAUUGCAGGAUGGGCAAAUUGAUGGCAGGUCCAGUUCAAUGCCACAAACCAUGAAAAUAUUAAAUCAUACAAUUUUAAAUGGAAGUAGAAGGGAUCCUAUCAAAAACUUAUUACAACGGGAUAAAGCGAGCUGGUAUUAAAAAAGGAAAGGGAAUGUUUUGCUUUGUACUUAGGGCUAUAGAAAGCAAAAAAGGUGAUGCAAAAUAGGUGCAAACAACAAUUUGCCUGUUGUAUGUUAGAAUUCAGAUAUAAAAGAUAUAAAAAGAACAGAAAACAUGUAGUGCAGAUUCAUUAGAAUGCCAUUAGGGAUGGAAAGAUCUUAUGGUUAUGAAAUGGAAUUUAUGAAAUUAUGGCUUUCCUCACUAAUGCUGAGAGCAUUAGGGGUUGACCUGAAAGUGAUCCAAAUGAAAGAAAUCAAGAACUGUAGGGGCAUAAAUUUAAGUUAUUCACAAAGAAGAACUAAAGGGAAAAUAAUUUCCAAAUAGUGGUCAGAAUCUUUCUUCUCAAUAAUAGGAUAUAUUAAAGCAGGAUGUGUAAUUUUUUCCUAAGAGGAAUAAUAAAGGACUUGAGGAAUAUCAGAUUAGACAAAUGGCUGUUUGGGUUGGAAAAAGACAGCAGCACCACAAAUUUGAUAAGUCAAAUUGCCACAUUAUGCUGCAACCUUUCUUAAUUAUGUUUUCCAGAAAGAUUUUACCCUAUCCAAUUCAUCCCAUUUUAUUCAGGCACAUUCAUAUUGGAUGGAUCAGCAGAAGCAGUCUUGGUUUAGUUAGUGAGCUGCAAGUAAUGAGCUACCUUCUUUCCUCACAAAUGGCACCAGCUUUAGAUUAUUUGCAAAGUGCUGAUGUUACAUUAUAUUGCCUUUCUAAAGAGAAUGCCAAUAACUUUCAGGUAUUUAAUUCUCACUGUCCAAAGUCACAAUAAUAUAAAUAAUGUGUGAUCAGACUAAUUAUUAAAAAUGCAUUCAAAUAAUGAGUUAGAUUAAUGAUUCAUUUAAUACUCAUAAAUGUAAUAUUAUUUUACCGAUUUGUGUAUACUAGCUCAUAAUUAACACUUUUUAAUAGUACAAUUUUUUUAGUGUCAACCAGAUGAGCAAUUAUUACUGUUUGUUUAAAUUGUAUGAAUGAAUAUCUUAUAAAUCUAAUCUUCACCUGCCUCUAAAUGUAAUUUAAGACAAUAGAGCAGCGGGUGUAGAGUAAAUGCUUUUGUUGACU